CUUCAGCUUCCAGGCCUCUAUUUUGCUCAGUUCAGAGGUACAAACGACACCUCCGUGCGUGCGAUCUUCAGUGAUACAACACCCGCACUUCAGCACGGCGAGUGAGCCUUGCAUCAGGCCCUGAGUUGUAAAGUCACAGCUGGAGGCAGCAAAAAACUGGAGACAAAAUUUAGGUCACUUCCGAGUCCACGGAUCCUCCGACCCUCGUACCCGAUCUAACGCGACAACACAAAGUAAUGAAUGAUGAUAGAUUUUUGAGGAUCGACAAUACCUAAAAGGUAUUUAAGUAUACACGUAUCUGCCAUUUGCGAUACCUCAAGACUUGGUGCUUUCCAUUUCAGACUUUUGCAUUCCACACGCAUCUCUUUCGCCAUGGCGGAAGACUCGAUUGAGAACGCCUUCCAAGCAGCUCUCGACUCGGCUAAGAUCCACGGUGCCAUCAUAUGCAGCACUGACAGUCACGGAUACUUCACAUACAAUGAAUCACUGGGUCAACGAACACUCCUCUCGGGCGAGAAAAAGCCUCAACAGCUCGACGAUGUAUGCUUCCUCGCAUCUGCGACCAAACUCAUCACCACCAUCGCAGCACUCCAGUGCGUCGAGGACGGCCUUCUCACUCUCAAAGGCGACCUGUCUUCAAUCGCACCCGACCUGACCUCAAAGCAAGUCAUGACGGGCUUCUCCGACGACGGCGAACCUAUUCUCGUUCCCCCAGACCAGCCCAUCACAUUGGAAAUGCUCCUAACGCACUCUUCCGGGUUGACGUACCACUUCAUGAACCCUCUCGUGGCACGCUGGCGCGAGAAGUUCGGCCAAACCCACGGGCCCGGCCGCCGGUACACGGUGGAAGAGCUGUACAACUACCCUCUCGCGUUCCAGCCAGGUUCAAGCUGGAUGUACGGUCCCGGUCUCGACUGGGCCGGACGGAUCGUGGAGCGUGUCACGUCCAAGACACUCCUCGAGCGCAUGCAAGAACGCAUAUUCACCCCACUAGAAAUCACAGAUGCUCAGUUUUACCCGGUUACCCGCGACGACCUCCGCGUGCGCAUGCCCGACUUGAACCCCGACGAUCCAGAUGGGACGGGCCUUUCGGUUGUCGGUGGCUCGACCGACGCCAACGGUCGCACCAAGGGCGACUUCGGGGGCCAGGGUCUCUUCAUGACCACGCCAGAUUACCUGAAGGUCAUGCGCUCGGUGCUGGCCAAUGACGAGAAGAUCCUCAGAUCAGAAACCGUCAACGACAUCAUGUUCCAACCUCGUCUCUCCACCGAAGCUGCCAAGGGUCUGGAGGGUGCACUGGUCAGCCCCUUGGGCGUCUUUUUCCGAUGCGGUACCUCGCCAGACACCAAGGCCAGCUACGGUCUGAGCGGAGUGCUCACUCUGCAAGAUGUGGAAGCGUGGUACGGUGAAGGGACACUCACUUGGGGCGGCGGACUGACGUUCACGUGGUUCAUCGAUCGUAAGAACGACAUAUGCGCGGCUGGAGCCAUCAAUGCUGCUCUCCCCUUCGACGGGGAGGUCGUCUCCAAACUGAAGGACACGAUUCGACACGACGUCUAUCGCAAGCGUGCGGAGUGGCAGAAGCAGCGAGCGGCAUCAUGAUGAUGCAGUUGUAUGAUGGAAGAGAGGUCGACGUGUCUUGGAAAAAACACCCCACUCAGUCAUUGAAACUGGAUAUUCAUAUCUCAUUAACAAGGCGUUUCAACGUCAUUAGACUAGCCUUCACGAACAGUCCGUCACCACUUUGUGAAAAUGUUCAAGACGAUUGUUGCGAGAAAAGCCGUAAAAUGUAGACCCCGAUAUUUUCUGAACAUUCAUCAAAACCA